AUGAACGCUAAGCUCUUCUUCAUUUUUGCCCUCGUGGCGGUAGCCUUCGCCCAAGAACAGAACGCUGAGGAGACGAAAAAAGAAAAGAGAGGAAUCUACGGAGGAUACGGUGGUCUAGAUGGUGGAUAUGGUGGAUAUGGUGGAUAUGGUGGAUAUGGUGCAGGUGUAGGUGUAGGUGUACCAAUUGGAAUCAGCCAAGUUGUGACCAAGGAAGUCCCUGUUCCCGUGCCACAACCUGUCCCUGUUCCAGUUGAGAAACAGGUUCCCGUCCCGGUCAAGGUACCAGUCGCCGUGCCCGUAGACCGGCCCUACCCUGUCCACGUGCCAAGACCCUACCCAGUCGAGGUGACCAAGCAUGUCCCAAUUCCCGUUGACAGGCCAGUUCCUGUUCCAGUCAGCGUUCCGGUCAAGGUCCCAGUGCCAGCCCCGUACCCCGUCAAAGUACCCCAGCCCUACGCCGUUCCAGUCGUGAAGCACAUCCCAGUCCAGAUCGCGCAACCAGCAGUCGUUCUUGAGCAGUACAAACAAGGCUGGCCAAGCGGCGGCUACUCCCACGGCUACUCCGGUGGCUGGUAAAUUCAACAGCCCUAAAUCGUGGACUCCUGGGAGCUAGCUUUGGUCAUCACGGUGAGACGGCUCGACGUUUGAUAGAAAUCUGAGCGAUCGUUGGAUCCCGCGGCUAACAGAGAAAGUUCCUCUCAAACGACAAACGACUUUCCUCGGGGCAAUCCUCGAGGGACAAUCGCCGAACGUUCCUGAAAGCAGACCAUCAGAAAGAGACCAUCAC